ACUAUUGAUCCUCCGUCUGUUGCUUUAGUGACUUUGGGUUCCUCUAAAGAUAUGCUAUUUGAAGGAGGACCUAGACCAUGGGUACAAGAACCUUCAAAGUUCUUCAGGAACCUCACCGCUGAGGAUGCAGAAAGUAUUGAUCUCUCUUUAUUUGUAACUCCUACAUCUCGAAAUAGCAUCCAGCAUUGGGUUAGAGUGUCUUGUAAAAGCCUGGGAGAGCAAGUUAUUGCCUUAACAGUUGGAAAUAACCCCACAGUCACCAACCCUUUUCCAGCAGUCGAACCUGCUGUUGUGAAGUUCAUCUGUGCUGUCCCUUCCCGACUCACUUUGACUCCUGUUUAUGGAAAUUCUCAGCUUGAUCUCUUGUGCCCUUUGCUGCAACAAAACAAGGAAGUGGUUCCGGUAUCAAAUUAUCGCAAUCCAGUAUUGGAUUUGGCUGCAUAUGAUCAACAGGGCAGUAAAUUUGAUAACUUCAGUUCUCUUAGUGUUAUCUGGGAAUCAACAAAAACGUCCUUAGCUAAUGUUGAGCCUGAUAUGUCAAUGAAGCUGACUCUGAGAGAAGAUGGAAGUGGUCAAAAGAAAAUGCAUGGCUUACAAACUGUUCUAGUUCAUCAUGAGUCUGGAACAACUGCCAUCUCUGUAACUGCAACAGGAUACCAACAAUCCUAUCUCAAGGCAGCUAAAGUGAAAAUACCGCAUGAACCUCUUCUACCAAUGUCUGCCACUAUUGACCUGAUACUAGUGGAAGAUGUAAAAGUGAGCCCUACUGAUAUCUCCAUUUAUAAUCACCCUGACAUACAGGCAGAAAUUUUCAUCAAAGAAGGCUCUGGAUAUUUUUUUGUUAAUACCAGUGUUGCAAAUGUUGUAAGAGUGUUUCAUGAGGAAACUCAGGGUAUUGCUUUGGUGCAUCCUCUGCUUCCAGGAUCGGUGACUGUAAUGAUUCAUGACUUGUGUUUGGCUUUCCCUGCACCGGCUAAAGCUGAAAUUUACGUAUCUGAUAUACAGGAACUGUAUGUCCGAGUUGUUGACAAGGUGGAGAUUGGAAAAACAGUUAAAGCUUAUGUCAGAGUUCUGGAUGACUCUAAGAAACCUUUUCUGGCAAAAUACUUUGCUGUCAUGGAUCUAAAACUAAGGCCAGCAUCUCAGAUUGUUUCACUUGUCCCACUUGGUGAAGCUCUUGAUGACCAUACUGCUGCUUUUCUAGUGCAUGGGAUGGCCAUUGGUCAGACUAGUCUUAUGGCAACUGUUGCUGACAAAAGAGGACGAAGAAUCAACUCUGCUCCACAGCAGAUUGAAGUCUUUCCCCCAUUUAGACUACUGCCAAGGAAAGUGACCCUAAUUAUUGGGGCCAUGAUUCAGAUCACUUCAGAAGGAGGCCUUCAGCCUCAAUCCAACAUAGUUUUCUCCAUCAGCGAUGAGAAGAUUGCAUCUGUGAACAGCACUGGACUUGUCAGAGGAGUGGCGAUUGGGAAUGGAGCAAUAACAGGAGUGGUGCAAGCUGUUGAUGCAGAGACAGGGAAGCUUGUUGUGGUGUCUCAGGAUAAAGUGGAAGUCGAAGUGGUACAGCUGACAGCUGUUAGAAUUUGUGCACCAAUUACACGAAUGAAAACCGGUACACAGAUGCCAGUUUACGUAAUGGGCAUCACCAAUAGUCAGACUCCUUUUUCAUUUGGCAAUGCAGUACCAGGCCUAACGUUCCACUGGUCUGUCACAAAGAGGGAUAUUCUGGAUAUCAAGACAAGACACAGUGAGGCUUCUUUUCAGCUGGCUGCAAAAUAUAACUUUGCAAUGGAUGUUUAUGGCAGAGUGAAGGGAAGAACAGGCCUGAAAGUUGUUGUGAAGGUCCUUGAUCCUGCAGCCAACCAGUUUUACAAUAUGAGAACAGAACUGUCCGAUGAAAUCCAAAUUCAGGUGUUUGAAGAACUUCAUCUAGUCACUCCAGAAGUAGAAGCAGAGCAGAUCUUAUUGUCACCAAAUUCCUUUAUUAAACUUCAGACAAACAGGGACCAAGUGGCUUCACUGCAUUACCGUGUCUUGGAUGGACCAGAUAAAGUUCCUGUUGUAAAAAUCGAUGAGAGAGGUUUCCUUAACUCUGGGUCUUUGAUAGGAUCAUCAACAAUUGAAGUGACUUCACAAGAAUCAUUUGGGAUCAACCAGACCAUUGUAGCUGCUGUUAAGGUCUACCCCAUCUCAUACCUAAGAAUCUCCAUGAGUCCUACACUGUGUACACAAAACAGAGAGGCAUUAUUGGCUCUACCCCUGGGUGUGACACUGACAUUUACGGUCCACUUUCACGAUAACUCUGGAGAUACUUUUCAUUCACAUAAUUCUGUGCUCAGCAUUGCAACAAACAGAGAUGACUUUGUACAGAUUGGGAAAGGAGCCACAAACAACACAUUUGUAAUCCGGACUGUAAAUGUAGGUUUCACCUUGCUUAAAGUCUGGGAUGCAGAACAGAGUGGAAUUGCAGACUACAUCCCACUUCCUGUGCAACAUGCCAUUUUUCCUGAACUCGUAGAUGUGGUGGUGGGUGAUAUCCUCUGCCUGAGCACUGCACUGAUAAACCAAGAAGGCCUGCCGGGUGUGUGGAGCUCCUCAUUGAGUAGUGUCCUUCAGGUCGACUCCAAGACGGGCGUAGCAGUGGCAAGGGAUUCUGGUGUGGUCACUGUCUAUUAUGAGAUCCCUGGAUUACUUAAAACAUACAGAGAGAUACUGAUUAAUACACCCCAGAGGACUACAGCAACACAUGUAAGUGGAGUGAUAACAAGCUUACAAGGAGUUGCAAACUCAAAAGUGAUUGUUUCAGUUGGGGAAAGAAAUAAAAAUUUGAAAGGCGAGUGCUUGCCUGCUCAAAUUGAAGCCAUUGCUGAAUUACAGCCACAGUCCAUUAUCAAUUGCCAUCUAGAUUUUAACAGUGAUGCAUUUAACUUCCCAGCACAUGACAUUUUUAUAGCAGAACCUGGAUUUGAUGCAGUUUCAGGACAUUACACCUGUUCCAUCACAAUGCAGAGGCUUACUGACAAGCAGCUGAAGCAUCUCAGCGUGGGUAAAACUGCGCUCAGAGUUACAGCUUCAAUCCAAUGCAGCCACUUCUCUGGGGAGCAGAUCAGCGCUGAGGUGCCAUUCAAUCCUGGGUUUUAUGCUGACCAGACAGAAAUGCUUUUAAGUAACCAUUACACAAGCUCUGAUGUGAAAAUAUUUGGUGCCACUGAAAUUCUUGAUGCCCUGGAGGUGAAAUGUGGGUCACCAACAGUGAAGGCGUUUGAGAAGGAGAAAUCCUACAGCCUGCCUAGUUAUGUAGUCUACACUGUUAGUCUGUCUGAUCCAAGAGUUCCAAGCCAGGGAUCCAUAUCAACCACUCUAACUGUCUCUAGUCCUAUGACUGACCAGUCUAUCACUAUCCCAGUGACAGUGAUUUACCUGACUGACAGAACCAGCGCACUAGUGAGACAUGGAGCCAGUGUAUUCCAGCACUUUCUUGAUUCUUAUCAAGUGAUGUUCUUCACGGUUUUUGCACUGUUAGCAGGGACAGCUGUUAUGAUCAUAGCCUAUCAUGCCGUUUUCUCACCAAAAGAACAGCACACUCAUCCAGCAUUUACCCCAAGGAUGACUCCUCAACACAGCCAUAACAGUUUCUCUGUAUCACCUGCGCUUUCCUUCAGUCCUCAGUCCUCCAGCAGGAACACAAGCCCAUCACCAAGGCUCUGGAGCAUCGGUUAUGGCUCACAUUAGAGA